AACAUACAUAUUUAGAGAAUCUGAUAGAGUCGUCGAGUCAGAAAAAUAUUUAAGGACCAUGAUGAAAAGCACUGAGAAUGUGAGUCUAGCCGAGGAAGGGGAACUCCCGUCCGUUGCUGUAAAACUGAAUAUCUGGCACAAGAUACUUUUCUACUUCGUGGGUCUCACUGCGGCCUUGACCAUCUGCCUGUUGAUCCGAUUAUCCAAUAAGCUGGCAGCCGAUGCCCAACGAAAGGCGAUGAUGCACUUCAAAGAGAUCUCAAACCGCAUCGGCCACCGCUUCGACAAUUAGCGCCGAUCAGUCCCGAUCAGAUACCCAAUUAAAACCCAAAUAUAUAUAUUUCUUAAAAAUAU